AUGGAAUGUUCUGAAAAGCUUGGCCAAAAUUUUGUACACUUCAUUGGGCCAUUUCCACAAUUUGUAACUGGAGAUCCCGAGACAGUGAAAGAUGUACUGACAUCGAAAAUAUGUUUGAGUAAAGAUUAUAUAACGUAUGGUGGACUAUAUCAUGCCUUGGGUGAAGGAUUGCUGACUAUACAAGCAAAAGGUUGGCAACAACACAGAAAAUUCAUGGAACCUGGUUUUAAAUUUUCAAAAAUUGUGGGAUUUUUGCCAGUAUUUAACAGACGAAUGCCCGGUCUAUUUGAGAAAAUGGAUAAAUGUAAUGCUAUGCAAGAUUCGUAUAAUAUUUUGGUUUAUUGUCGAGAAUUUACCAUAGGCAUAACGGGAGAGACAAUGAUGGGGCGUGAUUUGGAUAAGUCGCCUACAGUUAAUGUAAAUUAUUAUUCUGAACUUAUUGCGGGCAUCAUGGAAUACAUGUCGGAAAUAACGUUGAAUGUGCUAUAUCAACCCAAACUAAUUCUCAAAUUAGCCGAUUUAACAGUCUUUCGAAAACAACGAAAAGUAUUGGAAUUUCUUCAGAAGGAAAUUGAUGAGACGUACCGGUAUUAUUCAUCAGAUUGUGGAACCGAUCCGCAAUAUUUAGAUACCGCUGAUAAUGUGGUCGCCAAAUAUAUAAACGAAGCCAUCAGCAAUAACAUAAUUGAUAGGAAAUUGGCAAUAACCAGUAUUAUGCAUUUAUUUGGAGCGGCCUUUGAAACCACAUCCUCAACGAUAUAUUUCACCAUUCUCAUGUUGGCCAUGCAUCCGGAGUAUCAGGAGAAAGCGUAUACUGAAAUAUGUGAAUUAUUUUCGGACAACGAUAAAGGGGAAUUUGAAAUGACUUAUCAAGAUAUCUCCCAGCUGAACUAUUUGGAUAUGUUUAUAAAGGAAACAAUGCGCGUAUUUCCAACAGUUCCACUUUUUGCAAGAAAAGUCUGUGGUGGUGAUCUAUCACUGAGUAAUGGCAUGGUUAUACCUGAUGGUCAGGAAAUUGUAUUAAAUACUUAUAACUUACAUCGUAAUAAGUCAGUAUGGGGCCCCCAGGCGAACAUAUUUAAUCCAGAUAAUUUUCUACCUUCAAAUGUUGCCAAACGUCAUCCAUAUGCCUUCGUUCCAUUUUCCAAGGGAAUACGUUUUUGUAUAGGAAUGCGUUACGCCGAAUUGAGUAUUAGAGUGGCAAUGGCAAAAUUAAUAAAGCGCUACAAAUUUUCAACUACGGCCAAAGUGGAAGACUUAGUGUUAUACAAUCACAUAUCACUGCAAUUGAGCAAAUAUCCACCAAUUAUGUUGACAGUUGGUAGUGGUAGUAGCAGUGACAGCAGCAGUAAACGGGGUGUUGGCAAAUGA